CACACAUUCUACGCACGAACACAUGCAUAAUAAAAACAUGCAUUCCCUCAUUCCACAUGCAAAACCCUAAUUGACAUUAACAUCUUCACAUCAUUCGAUCAAUCGAUCGAUCCAUCAAUUGGGAGUCAUGAAGAAAGCUCUCUUCAAGCAAAAGCCCAAAACGCCGGUGGAGCUGGUGCGCCAUGCCCGAGAACUCAUCCUCUUCGUCGAGUCCAAAACAUGCACGCGUGAAAGCAAACGCGAAGAGAAGCUAGCAGAGCUAAACAAAACGAUACUGGAGAUAAGGACGGCUCUGUACGGAAACGGUGAAUCAGAGCCGAAUGCCGACGCGUGUUCUCAGAUCACUCGCGAGUUUUUCACAGAUGAUACAUUUCGGAUUUUCAUUCUCUAUCUGGGAAAACUCAAACUCGGGGCUCGCCAAGAUGCAACGCAUAUAAUUGCAAACUUGCAACGGCAACGAGUUUGUUCGACAAUAGUUGCUUCUCAGUACCUAGAGAAAAACUUGGAUCUUGUGGGCAUGCUCAUUUGCGGUUAUGACCAAGAGGGUGACGUUGCUUUGACGUUUGGUGCGGUUGCAAGGGAGUGCAUACGCCACCAGAGUGUAGCAAAAUAUGUGUUGGAAUCAGAAAACAUGAAGAAGUUCUUUGAGUACAUUCAGAUACCAAAUUUUGAGAUAGCAUCCGAUGCUGUUGCAACUUUUAAAGAGUUAUUGACAAGACAUAAACCUACAGUUGCUGAAUUUCUUUCAAAAAAUUAUGACUGGUUCUUCCAAGAAUACAACUCUCAGUUGCUUGAAUCCACCAGUUAUUUCACAAGGCGGUACGCUAUCAAGUUAUUGGGGGAUAUGUUAUUGGAUCGCUCGAAUUCUUCUGUAAUGGUUCGGUAUGUGAGCUCGUUGGAUAAUAUGAGGAUCCUCAUGAACCUCCUAAGAGAUUCAAAUAAGACAAUUCAAUUGGACACCUUCCACGUUUUCAAGCUAUUUGUUGCAAAUCAAAAUAAGCCCCCUGAAGUUGUGAGCAUCCUCGUCACAAACAAACACAAGCUUUUGCAAUUUUUGGAAAACUUCAAUUGCGAGAAAGCGGACGACCAUUUUCAAGCAGAUAAACAACAAGUAAUUAGCGAGAUAAUCGCUCUUCAACUCAAGGAUCAACCAUGCAAAUCUUUGGACAAUUGUGAAGUUCCAUGCUGAAUACUUCGUGGCCAACAUUAAUCAUGUUCUACUUUCUCCAAGUCCCAAAUUUCUUAUGUGAAGUUUCUUUGGGUCGUGGUUCUUAUUUCUUUUGGGCACAUGUGAUAUUCUUUUGGAAGAACUAAAUAUAAUUUCGACCUAAAUAGAACAUUGGAUUUUGCCUAACUUAUUAUUUGGAUUAUUUGUUUGUUUAAUUUUCAUUUUCAGUUAUAUUUAUAUUAUGCGUUUCUGUUGGCCCACCCAAAAUGUUUUUACUUGGGUUACUUUGGGCUUGCUUGAAUUACAUUAACGUCUGGAACUAACAUUU